GCGGGAGGCGGCGGGAUGGCGCCGUGGUACCGCGGCCGGGGGGGGCCGGACCGGGGUGACGGGGCCGGGGGGGGCGGCGGGGGGGUCCCCGGUGCGGAGGUGACGGGGGUCAGGCGGGGUUCCCCAGCCCGGGGGGCGGGAGGACGGGCAGGCACCGGGCAGUGCCCGGGUGUCCCGUGGUCCCCGGGCCGCUGUCCCCUGACCGCCUGUUGCAGGUACCGGGGUCUCCCCGCCGCGCUGCUGCUGUGUGCGGCCGCCUGGAGCUGCGCCGUAGGGCUGGCCCUGGAGCGGGACCAGCCGUUCCGGGUCCCCCCCGGCUGGGCCCACACCGGCCGCGUGGAGCCCGGCCACGACGUGCAGCUGACAUUCGCGCUGCGGCAGCGCGGCCUGCGGCGCCUGGCCCGGCUCGUCGAGGCUGUGUCGGACCCCCGUUCAUCACGAUACGGCCAGUACCUGUCCCUGGAGCGCGUGCGAGACCUCGUCCAGCCAUCCCCAGCCACGCUCAUGGUGGUACUGAAGUGGCUGCAAGGACACGGCGUUGAGACCUGCAGGAGUGUCGCCACCCUGGAUUUCCUGGAGUGCCACAUGCCGGCGAGCACGGCCGAGCGCGUCCUGCCAGGGGCCGAGUUCCACCGGUAUGUGAAGGGCCAGCGCAGCGUCGUGCGCUCCCCACGCCCCUACAUGGUCCCCACCGAGCUGGCGGAGCACCUCGACUUCGUGGGUGGCCUGCACCGGUUCCCUGCGGAGAGAAAGAUGGUCAGCAGAGCCUGGGUCAAGAAGGAGCUGGAGCAGCACCAUGGAGGGAGAGCAGCUUUCCACCUGGGAGUGACACCUUCCGUCCUUCGUCAGAGAUACAACAUGACGAAGGGAGACAUCGGGCUCCUACCCAACAACAGCCAGGCCUGUGCCCAGUUCCUGGAGCAGUACUUCCACCAGGCUGAUGUGGCCGAGUUCAUGAAGCUCUUUGGCAGCAGCUUUAGCCACCGCACUCAGGUUGACCAAGUUGUUGGGCACCAGGGCUUGGGCAAGGCUGGGCUGGAGGCCAGUCUGGACGUGGAAUACAUCAUGAGCACGGGUGCCAACAUCUCCACAUGGGUCUUCAGCAAUGCAGGGAGACAUGAGAGCCAGGAGCCGUUCCUGGCCUGGCUGCUGCUGCUCAGCAACAUGUCCUCACUGCCCUGGGUGCACUCCGUGAGCUAUGGGGAUGACGAGGACAGCCUCUCGGUGGCCUACAUGGAGCGCGUCAACGUGGAGUUCAUGAAGGCGGCUGCCCGUGGCUUGACCAUCCUCUUUGCCUCCGGUGAUGAUGGUGCGGGGUGCAGGAGGGUGCGCAGUGGGAACCACACGUUCCGGCCCAGCUUUCCAGCCUCCAGCCCCUAUGUCACCACUGUGGGUGGAACGUCCUUCAAGAACCCCUUCCUGGUGACGGCUGAGGUGACUGACUACAUCAGUGGCGGCGGCUUCAGCAACAUCUUCCCCAUGCCCCAGUACCAGGCCGCUGCCGUGGGGCAGUUCCUGCACUCGACCCCGAAGCUGCCACCCAGCUCCUACUACAACAGCAGCGGCCGAGCCUACCCCGACCUGGCCGCCCUCUCGGACAACUACUGGGUGGUGACGAACCGCAUCCCCCUGCCCUGGGUGUCGGGGACCUCGGCGUCCACGCCGGUGGUGGGGGGCAUGGUGGCUCUGGUCAACGACCGGCGGCUGCAGCAAGGGCUCGCACCCCUCGGCUUCCUCAACCCCACGUUGUACCAGCUGCGGGAGCAGGGCCACGAGGACGCGCUCUAUGAUGUGACGCAGGGCUGCCACGUGUCCUGCCUGGACGGCGUCGUUCAGGGACAGGGCUUCUGCGCCGGCCCCGGCUGGGACCCGGUCACGGGCUGCGGCUCCCCCAACUUCCCGCGGCUGCUGCGGGCGCUGCUGGCCGCGGCCGCCAGGGGGCGCCAGCAAUAAAGGCGCCGGGCCCCGCCCACACGUCCCCCGUGUCGGCGGCGGUGGCCGCGGCCCCCCCGGAGGGGACCAUGUCCAACGGGGUCUACGUGCCGCCCGGCGUGGCCAACGGGGAUGUGAAGCCGGUGGUGUCCACCACGCCGCUGGUGGACUUCCUCAUGCAGCUGGAGGAUUACACACCGACGAUCCCAGACGCCGUUACAGGGUAUUACCUCAACCGGGCAGGAUUCGAGGCCUCGGACCCGCGCAUCAUCCGCCUCAUCUCUCUGGCUGCGCAGAAGUUCAUCUCGGACAUCGCCAAUGACGCGCUACAGCACUGCAAGAUGAAAGGCACGGCCUCGGGCAGCUCUCGCAGCAAGAGCAAGGACAAGAAGUACACACUGACCAUGGAAGACCUGACACCAGCGCUUGCAGAGUACGGCAUCAACGUGAAAAAGCCACAUUACUUCACGUGAGGACUGAGGGAUUGUCACUGGAACUUCAGGUCACUUCUGUGCCAUUAAACACCUGGGCAGGGUUUUUGGUGGAACAGCGUCUUGUCUCUUGCCCUGCCUGCAGUGAAACAGCA